AUGGCUCGCGAGGAGCUCAUCUCCUCUGCAAUUACCUUCCUUCAAGAUCCUUCAGUAGCAUCGUCGCCGGUCGAGAAGAAAGUCGCAUUUCUUCAGUCUAAGAACCUUACGCAAGAGGAGAUUGACAUCGCUCUCGCCCGAGUAGGUGAAGGCCCGGCUGGAGCUACUGCUGUAACUGCAUCGUCAGGGUACCAGCCGUCUUCACAACCACCUGCCUACCGAGGUCCGCCGCCACCUGUCCAAGGAUAUGGAUAUGGCUACCCUCCAUAUGGCCAAUGGCAGCCUCCGCCUCCGGAGCCCCCAAAGAGGGAUUGGCGCGAUUGGUUCAUUAUGGCCACAACAGUAGGAGGCGUAGGAUAUGGGCUCUACUUUGUCGCUAAGCGCUAUAUCACACCCCUUAUCGCACCGCCCACUCCACCCCAACUAGAACAGGACAAGGAGAACAUUGAUGAACAAUUUUCUCGUGCCUUUGCUUUGAUUGAACAACUCUCUACAGAUACUGCAGCGCUGAAGUCAGCUGAAGAGUCGCGCACGGAGCGCCUAGACACUGCCCUGCGGGAGGUCGAGAACCUUGUGGCUGAUUUGAAGAACGCUUCACGUCGGAGAGACGAUGAAACCCGUCGCAUCAGCGAUGAGGUCAAGUCGUUGAAAGAUGCUAUCCCUAAGGCCCUGGAAGGUGCUCGGGAAGGAAAUGAGAACCGCUUGAAGGAGCUGGGAACCGAAUUGAAGAGUUUGAAGGUGUUGUUGGGCAACAGGCUCGGAGGCAGCGGAGCUGCUACCUCCCCCAACACUGCAAAAUCUAGUGCCCUGCCUACUAUGUCGGGCGCCCCUCGUCCUACGGAAGAGUCCCCUGCUUCUCCAGCCACCAACGGUACCACAGCGACGUCGACCGAACAAGCUACACAGCCGUCGUCUACAGCCUCAACACCGUCGAACCAGACCACUCCUGCAGCGAGCAGUAGCCCUCUGUCCCAGUUCAGCCGAUCCGCUUCCAUCCCUGCCUGGCAAAUGGCCGCUGCCAACCGCUCGAAGAAUGCGUCCCCAUCCACUCCCACUUCUUCUACUGCGGAUAACUCUACCAAGCCUGCCGACGAGCAAGCUGCUCCGGCCAGCUAAAGCCUUCGCCGCUUCUUUCACGCUCUUCAUGUAGAUUUCUUCAUCUUUACUU